AUGACUGGUCAUAAACCCAAGAACUGGUUUAGGUGGCUUCCACUAGUUGAAUGGUGUCAUAACACUAACUUCCACACCAGCAUCAAGAUGUGCCCCUUCAAGGCUUUGUAUGGCUAUGAUCCACCUCAUCUUGCUUUCCCCUCAACAGCCACCACAUCUGUCAAAGUUGUUGAAUAUUACUUGAAGCAGAGAUAUUCUACUUUGGAUAUUCUCAAGGAGUCACUACACAAGGCUCAAGAACGGAUGGUGCACUAUGCCAAUGAAAAGAGGAUUGAUAGGUCUUUCCAAGUAGGUGAUGCAGUCUACCUCAAACUCCAACCCUACAGACAAUCUUCAAUAGCACUUAGAAAAAAUUUGAAGCUCUCUGCCAAAUACUAUGGCCCAUUCUUGGUCAUUUAG